AUGGAUUUGCGUGCACGGGUACAAGAGUUUAUCUUGGUUGAACAGGAUGAGCAAACUAAAAAGGAUAGGGACGACUGGCGAGCUCAACCGGACGUUUCAUCAGAAAAAGGUCGCGCUCCUAAAGACCAACGACCCGCUCAGACACCGCGCCAGCCAAGGCCAGCGCCCUAUCCAGCAGGGAGACAGGGGCCACAAAGUAACACAUGGCAUCGGAAUAGUCAACCCGCUUCGGUGAAUCCGGCGGCCCAAGGAGGACAUGAUCCCGCCCAAGGUCAUCAAACCAAAUUGAACGCCCCUCUCAGCACAAUACUGCGAGCAGUAGGGCAAACUAAUGUGGUUCAAUACCCAUGGCCACCCAGGCGAUCACCUGCGAACGUGGACACAACAAAGUGGUGUGAAUUCCAUAAAGCCAUGGGACACAAUAUAGAUAAUUGCUGGACUUUGCGCAAGGAGAUUGAACGACUGAUCAAAGCGGGGCAUUUGUCCAAUUUUGUCUCAGGAGACAAUACACAGCUUGACGCAGUCAAAAAUACGGGCUGUGAUUUGUCAAAGGGAAAGGAGGUAGUUGAGGAGUUAGGAGUACCCGCCGGGUCUUGCUUGUCAAUUGCAGGGGGAUUUGGCGGCGGGCGCAUAUCUAGCAAGGGAAGGAAAAGAUAUGUUGAGGCAGUAAACUCGGUUCACCACGCUUACGAGGGGGAAUGUUGGCUGAACCAUACUCCAAUUACUUUCUCGCCAAAGGAUUUUGAUCAUGUGAUUCCGCAUGAUAACGAUCCAAUAGUGGUGACCCUGCGCGUAAAUAACUAUGUUACCAAGAAAGUUUUUCUAGACCAAGGCAGUUCUGCUAACAUCAUAUAUGGUGAUGCAUUUGAAAGAUUGGGCUUAAAGGAGUCAGACUUAAGGCCAUAUACGGGGUGUCUAGUGGGAUUCACAGGAGAUCGAGCCAAGGUCCGAGGCUAUGUGGAAUUGGACACUGCUUUUGGUGAGGGUGAAUACGUGAAGAAAUUUCAAGUAAAGUAUUUGGUUCUUCCGUGUAAGGCGACGUAUAAUGUGCUUCUAGGGCGUGAUACUUUGAACAAAAUAUGUGCGAUAAUUUCAACCGCCCAUUUGACAGUGAAGUAUCCAACUUGCAAUGGAAAGGUGGGAAUUUUGAGGGUGGAUCAAGAGGCCGCCCGAGCCUGUUAUGCACAAAGUCUGGAACUUUAUGGUAAGAAGGCAGCCAAGGAAUCACAUCGCGUCACGGAAAUUUUUCCACAUGAGAAUUUCAAUUUGGAUCCUCGUGAUGAUUCGGAGGAGUUAAGACCUCAGCCGGCGGAAUAA